AUGCCAACAGAUGUAACUAGUGAAGAUUUAUCAUCAAUUUUUAAAGUGAAUAUUGCUAAUAUUCUCGUUCGACCACACAAUGAAUUGGAUGAUCAUCUUGUGGAAAGUGAUCGUAGACAAGUUGAAGCUUGGAUUAAAGAAAUUCCUACUGAACAAUUAGCAAUAAGACUAGCGAAAGAAAAAACUGGUUUCGAUUUGCGUGGCUUUCAAAUUCAAUGUCAAGCAACACGUGCACCAGUCAAUCCAUUUGAUUUAUGCGGACGUUUUCAAACAGGAAAAUGUCCAUUUUCCAUUGGUUGUGAUCAGAAACAUAUCCGAUGUGUUGAACCAAUCACAUGCAAAAAUACGCACUGUUGGUACGGACAUGAUAAAGCACGAAGAACAAGACCAGCACGCCGACCUACUUCAAAGGAAGAUGGUUAUCGUAUUCGAGUGAGUAAUUUUCCUCCGAAUGUCACUCGAUCGGAUAUAUUCCGACGUUUGAAAGUGAGAUUUACUAGCAUUGGACGUGAUCUAAUUCUGUGUAAUGAAGAACCGAAUUCAAGCCAACCAAUCAUUGCCUAUAUAAUUGAUCGAAAAUCAGAACUGAUCGCCAGACAACUCAUCCAUUGCUGGCAUAAUCAAAUGUUUUCUUCCGAACAAAAAUACAGUAUGAAAUGUCAAUUAGAAGUGAAUGUGGAGUAUUUCAAUUCAACCAUCGGAAUUCCUCUGUCAUUAAUUCCACAAACGCAAAAUCGAACACCGUCAAUACGCUCGAGUACGAAUAGUAUGCAAAUGCGUCAAUCUCAAGCAAUACCGGAUUUACGAAAGUGCUAUACGCAUUGGAAAGCUAUCAAUGAUGAUGAUCAACAUUCUGAUUCGAAAUCAGAACAAGAAUUCGAUCUGUUCAAACUACCCUCUCCAUGGUGUUGGGAAAAUACCGAGUUGUUAGAGGAAAAAGCAAAUGAAACGAGUGAAGUUUAUUCAAUUGUUGAUCAAACAGAUUCGAACAAAACAGCGGAUAUUAGAAUCUAUUCUACAGAAACGUCGAAUAGAACAUCUCGAUUACGUCUCCAACGACAUCGACUAGCUCUUGAACGAUUGAAAGAACUGGACGGAAUACCAAAACUGAUCGAUUGUGAUUAUGAAACAUUGAAAAAUAGUCCGAAUUGCUCGACUCCACUAUGGAUGAUCACAGAACCCAUCAGCGAUAUGAGCCUUGAUUCAUUUGUUUUUGAUAACGAUCCUGAUUUUCAAGACAGUAUGAUUAUCAUUUUGAAAUUAAUUGAUUUGAUCAAACAGAUCCAUCAACGUGGUGUUGUUCAUCGAAAUUUAACACCAAAUAAAAUUUUUAUUGAUAAUUUCACUUCAAUCGAUGUCAAUCAGUUUCAUUUGAAAUUAAUCGAUUUUGAUCUCGCGCAUAUUGAUCAAAAGGAUAUCAAUAAAACGAAUGAACAUCGUUUUUAUUCCGUUGAUAAUCCAAUCAAAAAUGAUUUCUAUCAAAUUCCUCAAUUUCAAGUUGAACCAUUGAAUAAUAAUGAUAUUGACGAGGAAAAUCAACUAAUUCCAUCCGAUCGACAGAGUAAAAAUAUUGAUGCAAGUUUCAUCUGUGCGAUUCUCUUCUGGAUGAUUACAUUAUCUGAACCGAAAGUAUCACGAGAUCUCGAUGGAAAAGCACCGCAUCAAAUUCCUGAGAAUAAUCGAGUGAUUGAAGAUGCAUUAAAAGAAGUAGCCGAUGACUCUCCAGAAAAAUUAAAAGCAUUACGACAACAUCUGACGUUGAUAUUUGAUCGUGGUUUUGCACAAGCGAAAGAUCAAUGGUCUAUUGAGGAACUGGAAUAUCAAAUUCGAUUUAUCAUCGAAUUAAUAACAAUGAGAAAAAAUCAAGAACAGACCUUUGAAUCUUCAUCUUCAGCUAUGGUGUCCAUGAGUCCUUUCAUUUGUUUAGUAUCAUUAAUUCAAAAAAUGAAAGAUGAAUUUGUCAAUUAUUAUUCUCGUUUUGGUACCAUUUAUUGGUCCGAUGGUGAAAAUAAUCAAUGGUCAGGAACGAAUCAAACUAUUAAAAACUACGAUCGACUAACGAUUGAAAAACAAGAACUACCGAUCAAAUUUGAAAUUGUUCGAAUGAACAAGGAAACUCAACUGCAAAUAUCUGUUCAUAUCAAAAUGAAUGAGACUACAAUUAUUAAAUUACCUAUUGGUUGUUGGAAAGAAAACGAUUUCGAAUCAAUCAUGAACAUGUUCAUUCUAGAAUUGACUACUUUUUAUAACCUACUUUUAGAAUAA